AUGAAGCUGAACAAAGGGACGAUCCUCAAAGCAUCUUGUGACUACAUUCGACAAUUGCAAAAGGAUCGAGAUAGCAUGAUUAAACAACAGCAACAACAAAACAAAUUGGAAAACGCUGCGAAACACUACGCCGAUCGAGUCAGGUCCUCAUCGGGUUUUAUGUCACAGCUCUCUGACACGACGGCUGCGAUCACCUCCCCACUAGGAUGGAUCCAUUAUGGAUCCGAUCAAUUCUUUGGCUCAAGUCCACAAGAUUAUCAGACUCCACAAUGGAGGUGGAGAAGUUAUAGCCCCGACAGUCAAAGGAUGCACCACGGGCCAUUCCCCGAUUUGAUCACGGAGUGGUGUCUUGAGAACAAUCCACUCCUCCACUCGGACCCGUUAAUGUCACAAGCCGGAGGCCCAUCGUCAAACCUUGCCGUACGA